AUGGCAAUUGCACGAACCGGAGUCUUCGUUGACGAUUACCUCGAGUAUGCAAACACAUUACCAGCUGAGCUUCAACGACUUCUUAAUACUAUUAGAGAGCUUGACGAUCGAUCCCAAUCGAUGAUAAACCAAACAAGGCAACAGACAAACUACUGUCUAGGAUUGGCAUCUCAAAGCUCAAGAAAAGGGAAUGGUAGUAUUUAUAAUUGCUACAACACUAAUAAUAUUGAAGAAGAUGACACAGUCGAGAAAAUGAGGAAGGAUAUCGAAGCAAAUCAGGAUAAUGCCUUGAUUUUAUGUACAGAGAAGGUUUUGUUGGCACGACAAGCUUAUGAUCUUAUAGACAGCCAUAUAAAACGACUUGAUGAGGAUCUGAACAACUUUGCAGAAGAUUUGAAGCAAGAGGGAAAACUAUCACCGGAAGAGCCAGCAAUUCUUCCUCCACUGCCUAUAAUAGUUCCUAAAAUUGAGAAACGCAAGCACUUUUAUGGGACACCUCAACCAAAGAGGAUUGAUUUCAGGGAUCGGGAUUGGGACAGAGAACGUGAUAGGGAUUUUGAGCUCAUGCCUCCUCCAGGAAGCCAUAAAAAGGAUUUCACUAUUCCUGUUGAAGUUGAGCAACCCAUUGAUCCCAAUGAACCUACCUACUGUGUCUGCCAUCAGGUGUCCUUUGGAGAUAUGAUUGCUUGUGAUAAUGAGAAUUGCCAAGGAGGUGAAUGGUUCCAUUAUUCAUGUGUUGGGCUGACACCAGAGACAAGAUUCAAGGGAAAGUGCCCCCUCUCCGGCCCCAACACCAAUCCUCCCCACCAGUCCUCCCUUCUUUCCAGGAACAGGAAUAGAAACAGAUGUUUACAUAUCCUCAUCCAGACCACAGUAAAAUUCAUUAUGCGUAUAUUUCCAUCUAUUCUUACAUCCACAGCCGAAGCUAUCUCAGUAAGCGCAAAGUCCUGUGGCUGA